UGUCUUAGCUCAACAACAAGAGCCGACUCCUUCAUCUCAGUGUCAUUUUUUUUCUAGACCGGACACAAUUUGCUAUAUUAUGACCAGCGAUUGUUUUUCAUUACUUACCCAUGGGUGAAAUACUCAUCUUUCACUUAUCAAAAUUAUGCAAGUCUGCUCUGAACAUUCACCUCAAAGAGCCGACUCAAAGAGCCGACACGUUCGCGAACGACACCCACAGCCACUUUCCCCUCAUUAGUGAGAUUGGGCGACAUUUUUUUUGACUAGAAGAAAUAACGAAGUGUUUUAAAACAUGCUCAGAAAAGUUGUUGGGGUGACGACAAUAUCAGAGUUGAAGAUAACGUAGCGUCCGUCGGCAGAGGCAGACCGUGUUCAUUGUAAGUGUUUUUAAUGCCCCGGAGGGAGAAAAGUCUGUGAGGUCGGAGUCUUUUUGUGUCCCACCUGCUGCCUUAUCGUGUGUCUCCAGCUUUGAACUGCCUCUGUGUGUGUGUGUUCCUGGAAGGAAGUGAACGUCUUGCUUGACAGAGUCUACUUUGAGUUAUGACCGACACCAUGUUUGGUAGCGGGAACCACCAGUGGGUUUGCCCCAAUGAUCGACAACUUGCUCUGAGAGCCAAACUACACACUGGCUGGUCGGUGCACACAUUCCAGACAGAGAGGCAGAGAAAAACUCAGAUGCUGAACAAAAGGGAGCUGGACAUAAUCCUGAGCGUCAUCCACAGAGCCGAACAACUCGAGCUGAUCGAGCAGCACCGAAUCGGGCGUCUAAUGGAGCGUUUGGAUAACAUGAAGAGGUCUUCGGUGGGGAAUGGCCUGUCUCAGUGCCUGCUGUGUGGAGAGGCUCUGGGGCUGCUGGGAACUGCUUCAGUCCUCUGCUUUGACUGCUGCAAGAAAGUGUGCACUAAGUGUGGGAUUGAGACGGCAUGCAAUCAGAAGAGAGCUCAGUGGCUCUGCAAGAUCUGCAGUGAACAGAGAGAGGUGUGGAAGCGUUCCGGUGCCUGGUUCUACAAGGCCCUGCCCAAGUAUAUUCACCCGGAGAAGGACUCAUUCAUGGACAGGAGGCCUGUGAUCGAGACAGAGAAGCAGCCAGUGGCCAGGAGUGUGCCGAUCACCUACACAUGGGCCCACAGGAAAGUCGACUCGAGUGAGAGUGAUGGCAGUGACUCCGAGCUCAGUGAUGCCAGUAGUGACAGAAAGACCUUCAUCCCGGAGAGCAUCACAAGACGACACUCGGCUGUGUCCGAGUCGAGCGGUAGCGUGGCUCUCACGCCCCUGCAGUCCAUCCUGAACAGCCCGGCCCGAGCCAGCUUCCUGUCAGAGAGCCACUCCAGCCUAGGCAGCGAUCGCAGCAGCCUGGCCCCCGCCCCGGAGGAUGAAAACACGGACCUGGGACGCACGUCAUUGUCAGCCCCGGUCCUGAGGCGCACCGGCUCGCUGCGCUCUUCCUCCUCGUCCUCGUCCUCCCCGGCCGCCGCCUCCUCAGCCACUGAAACGGGCCAAGAAAAGAACGACGACGAUGACGACCUGGACAGGGCCUUCAGCGCCGCCUCUGCUUCCGCCUCCGCCCUGCCUCCGCCCAGCAGGAAGGAGGAAGAGCCCGACAUGGAGGGCUACGACUCGGACGACUCCACCACUCUUGGCACUCUGGAUUUCAGCCUGCUGUAUGAUCAAGAGAACAACGCCCUGCACUGCACCAUCAAUAAAGCGAAGGGUCUCAAACCCAUGGAUCACAAUGGGCUGUCAGAUCCCUAUGUUAAACUACACCUGCUACCUGGAGCCAGCAAAGCCAAUAAGCUCCGGACCAAGACUCUGCGCAACACCCUCAACCCCGUAUGGAGCGAGACGCUGACCUACUACGGCAUAACCGAUGAGGACAUGGUCCGCAAAACACUCAGGAUUUCCGUGUGUGAUGAGGACAAAUUCCGGCACAAUGAAUUCAUCGGCGAGACUCGGAUCCCCCUGAAAAAGCUCAAGCCCAACCAGACCAAGAACUUCUACAACUGCCUGGAGAAGCAGCUGCCUAUCGAUAAGACCGACGAUAAGUCGUUGGAGGAGCGCGGGCGCAUCAUGAUCUCGCUGAAGUACAGCUCGCAGAAGUGUGGCCUGGUGGUGGGCAUCAUCCGCUGCGCUCACCUCGCUGCCAUGGAUGCAAACGGCUUCUCCGACCCUUACGUUAAAACAUACCUGAAGCCGGAUGAGAACAAAAAGUCAAAGCACAAGACUGCUGUCAAGAAGAAGACCCUUAAUCCAGAGUUUAAUGAGGAGUUCUUCUAUGAGAUUAAGUAUACAGAACUGAGCAAGAAAACCCUUGAGGUGACUGUUUGGGACUAUGACAUUGGCAAAUCCAAUGAUUUUAUAGGUGGAGUGUCUCUAGGCAUCAACGCCAACGGCGAGCGUCUGAAACACUGGUUCGACUGUCUCAAAAACAAGGACAAGAAAAUCGAGCGUUGGCAUACACUCACUAACGAACUUCCUGGUUCGGGCUUCAACGACUGAAGUCUGACACGCCAGCACCCGUUCCCCUUCCUGCGAGAACGUAACGCUUGGCCUUUUGACCGUCACCUCCAACACUACAGUCCAGAGAUGGGUACCAAAGUGACCUCUUUUCCCGUCAUCCCCAAAUCUCUCCCUGUAUGUACUUCCCCUGGUGUUACUGUUCGAUGUGGCUUUUGAGCUUCUUGGGCCAGCUUGUGUUGAUUUAUGAAGAGGUGUUUGUCCCUCGCAAAAAAAGCAGGGGAUCGUGUUCAAGCAUUUAAAUACUGUUCAACUUGCUGUUCUCUCUGCUCUUUCGAUUCCCUCUGAUGUUUAGUAUGUAUUGAAGAAUGUUGUUUACACGAGCUAUCGAUGGAUGUUCAGAUCACUUCAGAUCAGGAGUAUGGUUAGACCUUGAAAGAUUUUGGAAGAGAGAAUUGAUCAAGAAACCAUCGAAUGUUUACAUCUAGAAUCCAGUUCAUAAAUACUCUACAUAGUGGAAAAAAAGACAGUUUGAUGGAUUUUAGAUGUCCUAUUUUUAGUUCAUUUUAUUCUCUUAGCAAAGUCGUUUUGGUGGUGUUGGUUUUGUUUGUUUGUUUGUUUUUUUUUUUUAAAUUCAGGACCCAGUGUCAGUACGGAUUGAUGAAUGUGUUUUAUUUAGCCACACCAUUGAGAAUGUGAUGCUGAAAAAGCGAUGGACCAACGUCUGUCCUGUUUACAUAUAAAAAACAACAACAUUUGAAAUGCCUCCAAGCAGAAAUUCUGCUCCAGGUAAGCGAUUGAAGUUUUGGACCAUCCUCUAGUCAUUCUGGUAACGUAUAGUAACGUAGGUGUUGAUGUUCUCGAGCCCUGUACGGAUCAAGACGUUCAGUAUGGUGUUACGAAUCAUUUCUUUAGACCGUUAGUUCAGAUAGUAAAUGAUUCCUAGAACCAUGCUUGAAUGUCAGGGUUUUUUUUUUUAAUUAUUUAAACUAGGAUUAUUCUGUUAUGUUUUUUUUUUUUUUUUAAUUAAUUUUAAAUAUCAUCCACUAAAGAAAUCUUCUGGCACAAUCUAAAAACAUAUUUAGCAUGCAUUUCAGUGGAUUUCUUAGUUAUUAUUAUUGGACUUUUACUACGUAUUUAUUUUCCGGCUAGUAUUUAUAUCUAUUUUUUUGUGUAGUACAUUUUAAACUGAUGUGGACGUCCACUUUCGAGUAGUUUUAGAGCUCUAGCAAUGUCGAUAUCUUCAUAUGCCCAGGCAUGAGGUCUUAGUACGUCGACCUUGCUCAGUAAGGCGGAUCUUCUUAUCAAAGCACUCAGUGCAACAGCCAGACUUAUGACAUCUUUUGUAAUCUGUUGCCUUUGUACUCAAAAGCUCUAUAGCGUAAAAAAAGAAAAGAAAAGAAAUGCAUGCAAUGUUCUUAAACGUUCAUUAAACUGACUUUGCUUAAUGUUUGAUACUCUUCUGUAAAAGAGAACUCGUCGAUGCUAAAAGAUCAUGGAAUGUCCGUGUUUUCUUCUUGGACGUUUUUUUGUACCCUCGAACGCCGUCCCAUCGCCUGUCCGGCUGCUCUAUCUUCCGGAAAUGUGAUCGCAUGUAACUGCAAAAAAAAAAAAAGAAGAAAAAAAAAAGAAUCUUGUCUUGUUUUCCUUUUUUUCCCCCCAAUCUCAGGCGAUUGUUUGCAUUUCUAGUGGUUCUCUGAUGAAAUUUCUAUGUUCCUACUCCUCAUUCACCAUCACCUCGUGUUGCACCGAAUGGCAGAAUUUAUCGUGCCUUUUCUUUUCUAACAGUGAAGUUUUUUUUUGCACCGCUCACUUUACAAGGAUUCCUAGACGGAUAUUAGCUUUUAAUAUGGAAACUAUAUGAUAACAUUUGGCAUAUUUCUAUUCCUGUCUGUGUCAGAAUAUUGCAUCAAUCGGAAUAUUAUCACUCGAUGAGACACUGUAUGUGGCUGGGGUCCGGGGUUCAAGUGGAAGAUGUUUAAAGCAUGAAACGACACAUUCUGGUUUCUACUCUUUUUUUUUUUUUUUCUUUCUUUU